AUGAAUAUUUUACAAUAAAAAUAAAGUUAAGAUGUUUAAGAGACAAUUUGUAAGAGUCAUAAUUUAGAAUUGAUUGCUGUUGAUUUAGACAUGUCAGAUAAAUCAUAAAUAAAUUUUUUUUGUGGUAAAUGUUUAGUAGAUAAAUUAAAUAAUAAUAAAGUGACAACUAUUGAAUAAUCAAAAGAAAGAAUUUAAUAAAUUAAGAAUUAAUAAUAAGAAAUUAAAAGUAAAGAGAAUCAAGCAAGACUUAAUUAUUAUAAGAAUAUUUUAGAUUAAAUAAUGGAAUUUAAAAGAUCUAUAGAUGAUUCUUUAGAAAAGAUAAGUAAAUAAAUUUAAUAAUACAUGUUUCCAAUUUAAAAGGAAAAAAAAGAAUUAUAAGAAAAUUUAAAUUAAUUGAAUUAUUUUGAAGAUAUAAAAUAAUUAUCAGAAUUAUAUUCAAUAGAUUAAUAAAAAUCAAUUAAAUUAAUAGAAGAUAAUAUAUUUAUAGAUGAAUUAAUAAGAUAAUUUGAAUUAUUAUUUAAUAAUGCUGAAUAUUAUUAAACUUUAGACAUAUUCAAAAAUACAAAAUAAACAAUUUAAGAUAUAAUGGAAAAUAAUAUUAUUGAAUUACCACCAUUAUUAUAAACAAAAAAUGAAUUUGUAAAUAAUUAUAUAUAUAAAUUAAAAUAGAAAACACCAAGUUUAAGUAGAAUUUGUU